AGGAGGAGCAGGUGCCCAUGCCGGCUGCGUGUGCCUUCUUUCUCCCAGGCGGGCUGUGGGUGCCGACGCUGCCGCUGAGAUGCGCAGCAGCAGCGUCGUCGCCGCUCCUUCAUCAUUUGCCAGGCUGCGAUAGUGUCUGCGCAUGACCCCUCCCAGCCGCCCGCUCCCUAGCAGGGGAGAAGGUUAGGCUGCCUGAGAGGGUUCUCCUCCGUCUUCUAACAUUGGCGGCUGCUCUGAGGCGACGCAGUGCAGAGGUGUGGGCAGGUUGUUUCGGCCUGAGUCGCGGCUUCUCCUCCUCCUCCGUCGCCCCCUUGGAGGGAGCGGGAGCCCCCUUCCUCCUUCUCCAAAUCCACGGAGGCUUUUCACUCCCCCCCCCUCAACCCUCUCCUUCGUGUUCCCGCGUGCGGGGUCGCUGCUCCCCUUCUCCGCCCCACCCCCGGCAAUGACCACGGCGGCGGCGGUGGUGGCGGCGGUGUUGCUGGUUGUCCCUCCGCCGCCGCGCCGCCUCUUCCUCUCCCCCAAGUGCUGCUGCCCCCGGCGGCUGCCGCCGGGCUCCAGGAAAGUAGCUUGAUGAGUGUCCAAAGUAGCAGUGGAAGUUUGGAGGGGCCGCCAUCUUGGUCCCGGCUCUCCACGUCCCCACCGAGCCUGCAGGGCUGCUCCGCGGCGGCGGCAGCAGCAGCGGCGGCAGCGGCCGUGGCGGCCUCAGCGGCGGCCUCCCUGCUCCAUAACAACACGCCGCUGAAGGAAGGUGCAAUGGAUGAGCUUCAUAGCCUGGAUCCAAGAAGGCAGGAAUUGUUAGAGGCUAGAUUCACAGGAGUAGUGAGUGGAAGCACUGGGAGUACUGGAAGCUGUAGUGUUGGAGCAAAGGCCUCAACAAAUAAUGAGAGUUCUAAUCACAGUUUUGGAAGCUUGGGAUCUCUGAGUGACAAAGAAUCAGAGACUCCUGAGAAAAAACAAUUGGAGCCUUCUAGGGGAAGAAAAAGGAAAGCAGAAAACCAGAGUGAAAGCAGUCAAGGGAAAAACAUUGGUGCACGUGGUCACAAAAUUAGUGACUAUUUUGAAUACCAAGGUGGAAAUGGGUCUAGCCCAGUAAGAGGAAUGCCUUCUGCAAUUCGUUCUCCUCAAAACUCACAUUCCGCCCCUUCUUCUGUUCGACAGAAUAGUCCUUCUCCUACUGCGUUAUCUUUUGGGGACCACCCUGUUUCACAACCAAAGCAGUUGUCAUUUAAAAUUACACAGACUGAUCUCACAAUGUUGAAAUUAACUGCACUUGAAAGUAAUAAAAACCAAGACUUGGAAAAGAAGGAAGGUCGUAUAGACGAUUUGCUCAGGGCUAAUUGUGAUCUACGACGACAAAUAGAUGAACAACAAAAGCUACUUGAAAAAUACAAAGAGAGAUUAAACAAAUGCAUUUCAAUGAGCAAGAAACUUUUGAUUGAAAAAAGCACACAAGAAAAGCUGGCAAGCAGAGAGAAGAGUAUGCAAGACAGAUUACGCCUUGGGCAUUUUACAACUGUUCGACAUGGUGCAUCGUUUACUGAACAGUGGACAGAUGGCUUCGCGUUUCAGAAUCUUGUGAAGCAACAGGAGUGGGUAAACCAACAAAGGGAAGAUAUUGAGAGGCAAAGAAAACUUCUGGCAAAGCGAAAACCUGCUAUGAAUAAUUCUCAGGCUCCCUCUGCCAAUUCAGAACCUAAACAGAGGAAAAACAAAGCUGUCAAUGGAGCAGAACAUGAUCCAUUUGUUAGACCCAAUUUACCACAAUUGCUAACACUAGCAGAAUACCAUGAACAAGAAGAAAUUUUCAAGCUUAGAUUAGGACAUCUCAAAAAGGAAGAAGCUGAAAUACAAGCAGAACUUGAACGUCUGGAAAGAGUUAGAAAUCUUCACAUACGAGAGCUCAAAAGAAUAAACAAUGAAGAUAAUUCUCAGUUUAAAGAUCAUCCUACGUUAAAUGAGCGAUAUUUGUUACUCCAUUUACUUGGUCGAGGUGGAUUUAGUGAAGUAUAUAAGGCUUUUGAUCUCUAUGAACAAAGAUACGCUGCUGUGAAGAUACACCAGCUUAACAAAAGCUGGAGAGAUGAGAAAAAGGAAAACUACCAUAAGCAUGCUUGCAGAGAGUAUAGAAUACACAAAGAGCUUGAUCAUCCAAGGAUAGUAAAACUCUAUGACUACUUCUCUCUGGAUACAGAUACGUUUUGUACAGUAUUAGAAUAUUGUGAAGGCAAUGAUUUGGAUUUCUAUCUCAAGCAACAUAAACUAAUGACAGAGAAAGAAGCCAGGUCAAUUGUAAUGCAAAUAGUAAAUGCACUGCGCUAUCUCAAUGAGAUUAAGCCACCUAUAAUACACUAUGAUCUUAAACCAGGAAACAUUCUUCUGGUAGAUGGAACAGCAUGUGGAGAAAUAAAAAUCACAGACUUUGGCCUGUCCAAAAUAAUGGAUGAUGAUAGCUAUGGUGUGGAUGGAAUGGACCUAACUUCACAAGGGGCUGGGACUUACUGGUAUUUGCCUCCGGAGUGCUUUGUUGUAGGUAAAGAGCCACCAAAAAUUUCUAACAAGGUGGAUGUGUGGUCAGUUGGAGUAAUCUUUUUCCAGUGUUUAUAUGGCCGAAAGCCAUUUGGUCAUAACCAAUCCCAGCAGGAUAUACUUCAAGAAAAUACAAUAUUAAAAGCCACUGAAGUACAAUUCCCAGUGAAGCCUGUUGUGAGCAAUGAAGCCAAGGCAUUUAUCAGACGUUGCUUGGCAUACCGUAAAGAGGAUCGGUUUGAUGUCCAUCAGCUGGCUAAUGAUGCUUACCUACUGCCACACAUGAGAAGAUCAAAUUCUUCAGGAAACUUGCAUAUGACUGGACUGGCAGCAUCUCCUACGCCACCUAUAUCAAGCCUUAUUCCCUACUGAAGCUUCUCCACACAGAAGGCUUGCAUGAUGUCAUCAUGUAGUUUUGCUGCAGCAGACUUUCAUUUGGAAGUGUUGGGUUAGUGUUUUUACACAGCAGGACAAGUUUAACAAUGGUGUUUUCAGACUGUGGCUCUUCUACAAAUGUCAUUUCUGUGAUUGGACUGGAUCAUGAUCUGUGGAAGGUGCAUUCAUUUCAGACUGUCACAUUGGAAACAUUGAAGGACAGCAUUACCUGUUGCCACCAAACAGAUGUACUGUGUUUUUAAGACUGAAGAAAAUGUAUGUUUUCAGCUUGUGUGGAGAACACUGUAAAUAACCUUUUUAAUACUUACCAACACUUUUGGCUGAUACUGGAGAGCUCUAAUAAGGAGGGUAGUUUUUCAUUAUUUGAAUACAGAAGAAAAGAAAUGGAGCACAGAACAACUCACUGCUUGGACAAAAAAAGCUAAAUAAAGAUUCUUUCUUCCCAAGAAGUCAAUAUUUCAAAACCAAAGUAAAGAUGAGAGACACAGCUGUGUAUGUUAAUUUCUUUGGAUAGAAGUGAUUUAGUAUUUUGGGGGGCUGGGGAGUAAUCUUUUAAAAACUGUUACGUUGGUUGAAUGACUGUAUUUCCAAAGGGAUAAAAAUAGCAGUUUCAGUAAGGUAGCAAAAGCUAGUUUGGAAACUAGUUCAAUUAUUUAAAUGGCUUUUUGAUACUUAGUGGUGUUGUCAACUGAUAUCUGCUGCCCAGGCUUUUGAGGAGGGAUAUACAAAGGCCAUGUAUGUAACCAAAAGCAAACAGGUCAUGUUCAAUGUUUCUAUGCAGGAUAAUGACAAAUUCCCUUCCAACUGUAUUGUAAAUUGUUGUACAGAUGUCAUAUUUUCAGUUUUAAAAAUUCAGCAACUUAUUCCUGUACAAAUGUUUAAAGUAUGGCUUUUCUAAUUGGAUAUUGUAUUUUUUUUAAGUCUCACUGAAGGCGCUUUUAAUUGCUGCUAAAUGAUGUUGCUUUUGCUUUUGCAAAAAAAAAAAAAAUCAAAUGACCUUAAGGUGCAAGUCAACUGUACGUCCUAGAGAGACUGAAAGUAGAUAAUUCAUUAACAAUCGGCAUGUAAAACCAAUCUGUGUUGGAACUAUACAGUACAGUUCAAGUCAGUUUCCUGAGCUGGAGCACGUUGAUACUAGAUGUAGAAGUUGUUCAUGGUUAUUCACGGUUUCUGAAAGUUCUGUCUACAAGGUGGGAAGAUAUUCCUCUAAAGAGAUGUUUCUUGUGGCCUGUACAGAUAUUUUAAAAUGUGAAACAUUUUCUAACUGCCUUGUAUGGUAGAAUCUUUUUUUUUUCAGAAUGCAGUAUCUCUCUCCCAUACAAGAUUCCUUUUACUGUCACAUUCAUAAUGCUGAAUACCUGUACGUAACUUUAUCCAUGUUGCAAAAAGGGAGGCUGUAUUACCACAGGUUUUUCAUUUAAUAUUGUACAGUUAAACUGUGGCUCUUGUUUCUGAUGUUUCAAGCCAUUUUGUUUUCAUUGUACAUAAGGAUACAUUAACUGUCUCUUCAAGAUGCUGCUGAAAUUGUAGAGAAUGUAGCCAAAACAGUAAUAAAAUGACAGUUGGAAUUUCAA